UCUGCAACGGUAUCGUGUCGAUAUGGCUCCACUUUCGACACGUGUGAGAUCUGCAGUAUCCACCGCCCAAGAUACACCAGUGGAUCUCGAGGCUGCAUUUAAUGUCGGGGACACAUAUCUUCAACCCCUCAGGAUAUUCGAUAGUGUUAUUGAGCCGCUCGCUGAUGUACACCCUUACGCAAAGGUGGUGCUGGGCCUACUUGGAAGAGACUCGGGAAAAAUGUUAUCUCGGAAACAGAAAAUACGAUUUAACAAAGGCGCGGGACUAGAUACUGGGAAACAAUGCCUGCCAGGGAUGCGCACGGAAAUCAUAUCCGAGAUCAUGGACUGGGUCAACAGCACCGGAGACGAUGUUCAGCGUGUUCUCUGGCUAUCUGGCCCUGCAGGCAAGGGCAAGUCGGCCAUCGCCCACACGAUUGCUAACUGGUUCAGGCGAGGCACGGCUCCGCAUUCUCCGCAUUCUUGCGGGCAAACUAGGCGCGCAACGAAUCACCGAACUCCCAGC